AUCAUCUCGUCUUACUUGGACACAAAUCUGAGAAAGAGUGUAUACAAUAAAUUUUCGAAUAUACCGAGGAAAAAAAAACCGUGUGCCACAAAGUUUCUUUCUUCUCUCUCUCUAUUUGUGAAAGUGUGUGUCCAUCUUAUCACUCUGCGUGCUUUUAUCAUCAAAAUAUCUCAUAUUUCGUUUACCCUUUGUUCCACCUUAUAAAAUUAAAGUGCUUCUAACUCUAUGUGAUCUUCCUGAGUCAUUAAGCAAUUCAGUCUUUUCUGAGUCUUUUAUUGUGUCUGUGGAGUUUUUGUGAUACCAAAAAUCGAUUAAUAUUCACGAAACACACAUACGGAUUUACAACACUGAACAACAGAUUUUCGGCAACACCUCAUCAUCAUGGCAUCGCGAUCAUCUCUUCUGCAAGAUGAUCAAAAAUUUGCACUCAUGAAGUUUCGCCGAAGUGUGGCGGAUGUAUUGAAACCAGAACACGACGAUUAUUACCUGCUUCGAUGGCUUCGAGCAAGAAACUGGAAUCCCGAUGCAGCGGAAAAAAUGCUGAGAAAUAGUGUGAAAUGGCGCGAAAGAUGGGGCGUGGAUAAAAUAGAAAAUUGGAAAACUCCUCAACCACUUUUAGACUAUCUCGUCCAUGGAUUGGCAGGAUAUGACAAGGAAGGAGCGCCUUUCAUUGUGGUGCCUUUCGGACCUCUGGACAUGUGGGGAAUUCUUCACACAGUUUCUCAAGGCGAUCUAAUUCGGGUGACGAUACAGUAUCUGGAGAAAUACCUUCAACUUGCCUACAAGCAGAGCCUCGAACAUGGCAACAAUGCGCGUCAAUUGGUAGUUCUCUUCGAUAUGGAAGGAUUCAAUGUGAAGCAAUACAUGUGGCGCCCUGCAGCGGAAGCUGUUAUUCAACUCAUCAAAAUGUAUGAGGCUAAUUAUCCGGAAAUCCUCAAAUACUGCUACAUUAUAAAUGCACCAAAAGUCUUUGCCUUCGUCUUCAAUAUGGUGCGAAAGUUUCUUGAUGAGUACACUAUGAGUAAGAUUAACAUCUACAAGGCAGAUCCGCAAAAAUGGUUACCCGCGAUCCUUGAGCGUAUAGACGAAGCAAGCCUACUGAAACACUACGGUGGAACGAUGGUGGACAGCAAGGGUGAUCCCAAAUGCCAGGAAUUCAUCAUGUGGGGUGGAAAAGUACCAGAAGCGAUCUAUAGUAAAAAUGACGAUGAGAACAACAAUGACUUCAGCGAAACGACAAUUCGCAAAGGUGGAAAGCUCAAGAUGGAGUUCGAUUGCAAAGAUAUUGGAUGCCUCCUCAAGUGGGAAUUCCGAACAUACGAGCACGAUAUUAAGUUUGGCAUAAAGUGCAAGAAUGAGAAAACUGGAGAGAUUGUGGAGGAAGUUCCACUGAAGCGCGUCGCGUCGCAUCAACUCGAUGAAGUGGGCUUCAUCUCAUGCCAUCCUAAUUGUAAAUAUUUCGUCGUGUUCGACAACACGUACAGUUACCUGAGGAAUAAGAAGAUUCGCUAUUCGGUCAUGCUGACAGAGCCAAUGGACGAACCUGACAUUCUGGAUGUGAUAGAUUGAAAUCAAUAAUUUGAAAAAGAAACUUCGCUGUGAAAUCUUUUAUAAGAAGACCUUAAAAUAUGUUUUACCAAAUACUACCAAUGAAUAGUGAGAGAAAAGUUUGACGAGCAUGUAUAAUCGGUGAAGAGAGAUUUUUGAUAUUAUUAGGCAGUGCUUUUUGAGGGGCGUAGUAUUAAUGAAAAGAAGAUUGUAAAGUAAUUAACUUACAGACAAAGGCUGUACGAUUUGAUGUUUCUCGUCUUCCAUGAUCAUUCUUCUAAAGAGUGAGUGCAGUUUUGUGUACAGCAAACGUAAGAUGAUAAUCUGUGAAAGUUUACAGGUAACAUGUUAACCAAUAAGUAGUUGGAUUCUGGCUUUAAGUAAAUACAUAUUCACGGGGGGUUUUUUGUUAUCAUUUUGAAACCAAUAUUGAAAGAAUUUUAUAUGCUUUAUAAUGGGAAAUUGAUUAUGAAGAAAAUAAAGUGAGUAAAAAUGUUGGACACCAUGUA